CCCACCGUCACUUAUAAUCGCAAACCUGCCCUCAAUUCCCUUCUCCCUCUCCAAACAGAACCGACAGACCCUCAUCUCCCCAAAAUGGAAGCCGCAAAUCGCUGCCGUUUUCUCGUGCUAUGUGCAAUCCUGGCCGCCCAUUUGGCGCUCUGCUCUUCCACGGCCCUUGAUUUCAUUGGAGGCGUCCCUAUUCAAUCGGAGUGCCGCGGCUCGAUCGGCGAGUGCCUGCUCGCUGGCGGGGGCGCGGGGUUGGAAUUGGAGGAGUUCGCGAUGGACUCGGAGAGCCACCGGCGCAUCCUAGCCACGAAGCAGUACAUAAGCUACGGUGCGCUGAGGAGGAACAGUGUGCCCUGCUCUCGACGUGGCGCGUCGUACUACAAUUGCCGAACUGGUGCUCAGGCCAAUCCCUACACUCGUGGGUGCAGUGCGAUUACUCGCUGUAGGCGCUGAAAUUUAGUUUUAUUUUUCAAUAUAAUUUAUUGGCUUCCUUUUAUUAUUAUAUAUUGUGCUUAUUAUUAUUAGUAUUGUUGGGGCUUCUGUGUUGCUGUUACCCAAUUAUUAUACAUAGCGGAGGAGCAGAUUUGAAUAACCGUAUUGUAUUACUAUUGUUUUCUUCUUUCGUUAAUGUCAAUAUUAGUUAUUGUUGUUAUUUAUCA